AUGCAGAGUUCUAAUGAGAGGUUCCGAAUCACAUAUGGCUCGAGAUCUGCUUCUGGUAUCGUGGGUAUGGAUCAUAUCCGCCAAGGUCCAUACUCCUCUUUCGCUCAAAAGUUUGCUAUUGUCAAAAACAUUUCAUCUUAUUUGCUAGCUGAUCAAAUAUCAGGUAUCGUUUUUUUAAACAAAGCCCCACUUUUCUUCUUUGGGGGGACGGGCGUACUGCCAAUCGCCCACCUUUGUGAGAAUACAAAUAAGAAAGCGAAGCAUGUGCGACCUCCAAUGAAGCUGUUUGAUCGUCUGAAGGGAAGAGCGAUCAGCGUCAAAACGUAA